UUGGGGGUCAGGAGGCGACCCUGCUCCCACGAGAGCCCCAGACAGGGCCGGGAUGUCUUGACCCCAUCAGCCUGAGAUGUCCGGGUCGUCUGGGGCUCUGUCACCCCAGGGACAUGGAUGUUGGGAUUUCCUCAGGACUCGUUAGUCCCCGGACAUAGGGGUCACCUACCAGCCCCCGAAUGUGGGAUCAGGGUCCUCUUGGCCUUGUCAGCCCCCUGAACAGGUGUCUCAGAGUUCGCCGGGCUUUUGCCAGCCGUGAGCCACCCCUUCCCAGCCCACUCUUAUCAGCUCUCCACCCCCCACGGCAACUUUCAGCGGCCCCUCCUAUGGCCCCUUAUUCACCCCAGUGGGUGACCCCUCCGUGUGGCCCAGGGGCUUCCUUGCACUAUGACAUCUGUGCCAGGCCAGAUCUCUCGUCCUCUAUACCUCGGCCGCUGGUCCCUGCUGGUCCUCCAAACUUCCCUACUGCCCCCUGCGCCCACUGUCCUGAGCUCCCCGCCCCUGGGCCGGUCAUGUCCCAGGUUGCCAUUGUUCCUCCGCCCUGAUUUCAUCUCCAGGAACCUCUCAGCCCACCCCAGAGCAGUGUCCACCCCUGAGCUCUGCCCAUUCUGUCCAUGCCCGCUGCCCACAUAGUCAGCCCGCGCCCCCCCCCAGCAGCCAGCCUCCCCUUCCCUUCUCCCAGAAGCGGAGCUGCAGCUCCAGUCCCCCUGAGCACUGGCCCCCGGCGACCCCGCCUGCUUGGCCCCUGCCUCCGGACCCUGGGGUCGCCCUACCACAGCCCUCACCCUGAGGAGUGACUCGUUCCUGGGCCCAGUGGCCUGGACCGGCUACUUGUCACGGUGCCUUCUCAGAGGCCAGGUUGGCCUUUCACCUGCAGGACAGAGCUGCAGGGUGGGCCAGUGCCCUCGGAGGCAGGCCCUCGGAGGUGUGCGGGGAGGGCUGAGCGCCGAGCCCUGCACGGGUGCCCGGCGGUGCCCUGCACAAGUGGGCCAAGGCCUCCAGACAGCCCCCGCCCCCUGGGGUCCAAAGGUGGCCCCUGGUACAGGAGGCCCUCGUGGCUGCACUGGCAGCAGGGCUCCAGCCCCCCGCCCUCAGGCAGGCGAGGGCAGGGAGGGCCUUUUGGAGGGAGGGUUGAGUCCAGAGGUCCCUGUGGGUAUGUUUGCGCUCGGCCCACUGACCCGUGGUCUCAGUCGUGCCCGUGACUCCUGGACGGACCACGUGUCGUUUGAGGCCGUCUGCUCAGCAGCUGGUUUGGGCGCCCCUGUUGUGGCCCAGACCCUAUGUAGGAGACAGCAGCCUGCCCGGCCAGCCUGGCUGGUGGGAGGGGCUGCUGACCCCAGGAGGACCCUGGGACUGGCCCGGGUGUGGUGGUGUGAGUCAGGGUGCCCUGGGUCUCCCCACACCCAGCUGCACCCAGCAUAGCCCGUGUUCCUCCACCCCUUGCCUGGCCUGUGCAGUGAGCCUCUUUCUCCUCCUUGACCUUCAUGUCCUCGUUCAGAUGUCCUUCCUGCCCUCAGGGCUGCACCUGUGCAGAAUCUGACCAUCCUCGGGCUCUACUGCUGAGCUCAGGGCCCUGCCUUAUGCCUGAGGGUCACUCCCCUCCCCUGACAGGUGGCUGGCCCAGGGCCGACCCCCAGGUUGGGGACUGUCCAUUCCUCUCUGUGCUCCCAGGUCUAAGCCCACAGACUCGCUGCUGAGUGCAGGAGGCGUGGCCAGCCUAGCAAGGGCGGCCGCUGGCUUUAGACUUCGAGGGUCUCUUGUAUGCUAGGGCGCAGAGGGUUCUGAGGUUCACUUCCUGCAGGCUGUGUCGUGAGCACAGUGGUUCGACCCAGGCUCUGGGAACAGACCUGGCUGCAAUCCCAGCUCCGUCAGAGUAGUUGAGUGGCCUUGAGCAGGUGGCACAGUCUCUGAGCCUCUGGUUGCUCCUCUGUGAAAUAGGUUUGCGUUCACCUCUACCUGUCGUGAGGUCCAUUGACUCUUCGGGGCUCAGCGAGGGUGGCAGUGGCCAGGGCCAGCCAAGCAAAGACCUGCCACACCCAGGUGGCCCAGGGAGGGUCAGGGUGCAUCAUCCAUGGGGACUUUGUGCGCCACGGUCAGCGCGGUCUCUAAAGCUCGUGAGCGAGUCAUCAGGACCCUGAUUUUACCUUUGGAACUUCUAGCGCGGUGUUUGUUUUCAUUUCGUUGCUGUUCACUUAACACACAAGCAGGUGGGGUUCUGGGCUUCUCCAGCUGGGUCGGAAACAGGCUUUCAGGAGCUCCCCUGGCCCUCAGGCCUCCGCAUCCUCCUCCACGACACACCGCACAUCGGUGCCCCUCAGGGACUGGGGCUGCAGCACAAAGCCCUGCACGGGCGCUGACUGCAGCAGCCGGCUUCGCUCUCUGGUCCAAAAGGUCACGCCCAGCUCGUGAAGUUGUGACGAUGGAGUCUGUGUAGGAAGCACUUACAGGGAAGGGAAGACAAGGAGGCCAGACGGAGAUGUGUGAGACCAACAGGGAGUGGCCUUUAAGCUGGUGACAUGGACAGCACCUUCCCUGCAGUAACCGGGAGUUAACGGGGAGGGGCGGGCCGGGGAGCAGCUGCUGGCCUCACUCAGCAAAUGAGGUCCCAGUGCAGAGCCGGCACGCGCCCCUGGGAAAUCACCUGAGGAAAUGAGCCCACGAAAGCCACCUGGGGCCGCUGAGCCCAGCCUCAGGGCGGCGGGGCAGACUCCUCCAGGGGCCCCCUUCUCCCUGCUUUCCUUUCCCCGCAGAGCCCUGUGCACCCACCUCCAGCCUGGCACCCUCUGGGAGCAGGGCCUGCCCCGUCGCGCAUCACAGGGUCAGCCCUCACCCGGCCUCAGGGUGCUGUGUCUGCCCGACAGAACCCUCUUGCUGCCCGCUGAGGGGGCAGCACGCUGGCCUGCAGAGGCUCCCUCUCCUGCGCCCUACCCCUCAUUCUGGCCAGUCCUUGGGCUGCCGCUCUAGCCUGGGCCCCUUUACCUGACCCUCUCAUCCUGCACGUCUCCCGACCCCCCUGAGGCCCUGCGCCAUCUUUACAGAAGGCGAGUCGCUUCCCAGCGCUGCUCCCUCGAGUUCCUGGAAGACGCGGCGGGAUGCACCUCGGUUCAGCGAACCAAGCACAUAUCCGGGUCGCCCAGGCACAAGGGCCUGAAGAAGACCCACUUCAUCAAGAACAUGCGGCAGUAUGACACCAAGAACAGCAGGAUUGUGCUGAUCUGCGCCAAGCGGUCCCUGUGUGCGGCCUUCUCGGUCCUGCCCUAUGGAGAAGGCCUGCGGGUCAGUGACCUGAGGGUGGACAGCCAGAAGCAGAGGCAUCCGUCCGGUGGCGUGUCCGUUUCUUCCGAGAUGGUGUUUGAGUUGGAAGGCGUCGAGCUGGGAGCAGACGGAAAGGUCGUCUCUUAUGCCAAGUUCCUGUACCCCACCAACGCCUUGGUCGCGCUCAAGACAGACGGCCAUGGCCCGCCACCCCAGCCCCGGCCCAGCGUCUCCCGGGCUCCGCCAGGGUCAAGACACAAACCGGCCACCGCCAAGUCAGCGCCAGCCGGCACAGAACUAGGUGCCCUACUGAGCCCAGGGCGUGAGACAGGGAGCGACGUGGGGGACGCCCUGGAGUACAACCCCAACCUCCUGGAUGACCCACAGUGGCCCUGUGGCAAGCAUAAGCGGGUCCUCAUCUUCGCAUCCUACAUGACCACAGUGAUAGAGUAUGUGAAGCCCUCCGACCUCAAAAAGGACAUGAACGAGACCUUCCGGGAGAAGUUCCCACACGUCAGGCUGACGCUGAGCAAAAUUAGGAGUUUAAAACGGGAGAUGCGGAACCUGUCCGAGGAGUGCAGCCUGGAGCCCGUGACCGUGUCCAUGGCCUACGUGUACUUCGAGAAGCUCGUCCUGCAGGGCAAGCUCAACAAGCAGAACCGCAAGCUGUGCGCGGGCGCCUGCGUGCUGCUGGCCGCCAAGAUCAGCAGCGACCUCCGCAAGAACGAGGUGAAGCAGCUCAUCGAGAAGUUGGAAGAAAGGUUUCGAUUCAACAGACGGGAUCUGAUUGGGUUUGAGUUCACAGUGCUCGUGGCCUUGGAACUUGCCCUGUAUCUUCCCGAGACGCAGGUGUUACCUCAUUACAGACGCCUCACCCAGCAGUUCUAGCCCAGGCCGCCCGCCCGCUCAGCACCCACACGCGUGGACCCGGGCACAGCCGCGGCCCACCCCAUUGCCACCCCUCCCGCCGGACGAGCCAGCCCUUCCCAACACGCUCGCUUCCCGGAGGGACGUGGCUUGCGUUCCUGAGCACACCGCACACCACCACGGUGUUGCUGAGAACGUUCUUGCGUUGUCACGUGCACAGGACGUGGGCUCUGACCGUGUCUUUUCUCACAUGCCUGUGACCGGUCUGGUCAGAACCCUUGACUCACGUCAUGUGGAUCCUGACGUCACGGCGUCUCCUCGGCGUUGCCUUUCACAAACACCGCCACGGCAUUCACGUCAUGGUGACCUGGGUGUCCAGAUGCUGCUGGACAUGCUGAAAUCGCUGGCGUUAACGCAUCGAAACGUUAAUCUGGGCUAUUUCAGAUUUUGGGGUGUGGAAACAGCGCUGAGGAACACACCCCCACCCCCGUGGCCUGGCCCCCGUCCCCGCCGUCUGCGUCCGUGAGCAGAGCUCCAGCGACAGCUGAAGCCAGCGAGCAGACUCCUGGU